GAAGAAAAUCAAUAAAUAUUUGAUUUUAACCUCCAAAAUUUAUUUAUUUUAUAAUUAAUUUUUAAAUAUAUAUUUAUGGCAGUGGAAGAUGAGACUAGAAAUUCCAACGAAAAAGAUAAAGAGUUCAAAGUUAAAGCUGCGAUUUUCUUAUCUGGCGUCUCCGGAAUUUCGGCAUUAAUAGGCUUUGGAGCAACAUUGGCAUCUGCUAAAAAACAAGACCCAAAAUAUUUUGGAAUUGGCAUGACACCUUCAAAGGAAUUAUCUGAAACAGGUGCUUCCUUAGCAUUAAGAGCUCUUGGAUGGGGAACACUAUACGCAUUUGUUGGAUGCGGAGUUCUAUUCUAUAGUAUUUGGAAAUUAUCUGGAGCAACUGACAUUAAAGAUUUUCGGUACAAAGUUGGUUCAGUACUUCCAAGCAUUCCCAAAAAUAAUCCACCACAGGGAAGAACUGAAUUUACUGGCUUAAAUGACUUACUGGAAUAUUUACAGCAACAAAAAGGUGCUAGAGAUUAAUAGGAGACAACAAUUAAUGUAGAAACUGAUUCUGUUUUGCCUUAAGUAAAUGUAAUUUUGAAUUUUUUAUAAAAUGCAGAAUAAAGUUUGUUAUUUUGUUUUUAUUUCGAUAUUAGAUAUUGAAAAUUAUAAAAUGUAAAGAUUUUUUCAACAUGUACUGAUGAAUACAAAAUAAAAAGCUAUAGGAAACUAAAUCAAGAAAUGUUGGGAAGGAAAAAAAUAAAUAUCUGAGGAAUUUCUCUAAAAAAAUUCAAAAGUUUUGAUAUAAUCACGAGGAGAAGACAUUUAGCAAGUAGAAGACUUACCAAUACAGUGUUGCUUAACUUUCUUUGGUGGUUGAAGUUGAUCAAAACUCUUCUGAACUGAAGGGAAGAAAACUGCAGAAAUUCCUCAUUUCAUCACGAAAAUUGUGUAUUUUAUGAUUUUUACUUCAAUAUAUUUUUGGUCAAACAUACAACUGGAAUAUAUUCCAAAUCUCCAGUAGGCCAAAUAAGAGUAACCUUUGAAAACGUUUUGUAAAUAUAGUAUUGAACAAGCAAGAAUUACUAAGCUUUUAUCAAUUUAAAAUUAACAGUACCUUUAUAACUACCAAGUAGCAACAUGAAACACCUAUAAAGAGUACAAUAUAUUCAAUAAUAAAAUUAUUGACAGACAACAAUUAGUAAAACUCAAUGAAACAAAAAGUGAAAAUCAUAAAAUCAUUUUAAGUGUUUGUAUUAUACAUUAACGAUCUUUUAUGUAAUUUGCCAAAUGGAGGAAUUGUAUUAAAUGCUAUAAUAUGAGAUUUUUUCAGAAACCACUGGACCGAUCUUGUUCAAUAUAUACUGCAUCUUUAAUAUGCUAUGAACCAGCGAUUGAACUAGGAUUAUCAUGAUUGCUUCGAUAGUUUUUUUUUCUACGAGCGAAAAAUAUAAUUUUCAAAAUUGUAUAAAAAAGUCAAUUUUCAUAAUUUAGAAUUCACUCUAGUUCUAUUGCUAGUAAUAAAUAUAAAAAUUAAAAUACCGUUUGGUUUUUUGAUUUUGGAUAACCAGAACAGCCGCAAUCUUAGUUACCAUCAAACAUCUCUUUCACUUGAUGUCUUCCUGCCAGCCACUAUAACUACUAUUCUAUUAUAUAUUUUGAAUUAUAAAGCUUAUUUAAAUGUUAUUAAAGAUUGUACAAAAACAAUAAGAUUGAU